AGCUGAUUUGCCAUCGAACGAAGCAGCGAAUGCAGCAGACACUGUUCAAGUGUUCAAAAGGCUCAACAUGUAAUGCUGCACGAGACAGUACCAACAGCAGAUGACAGCAGACAAAGGCAACAUACCUCUGGUUGACACGAUACUUAUUACUUAGAAAGAAGGGAACCUUUUUUUCCCUACCAUGAAAUGGCACAAUGAGGAAGACAAUAACAAUAUGAGUCAUAUGCAAAGGGACUUGUUUAUUCAGGGAUUGUCAAAAUGCUGCAGCAUCAACACUGUGGAAGCAGUAUGACUGGCCUCAUCCCUUUCUCUCGAUUGCUUCUGCCAAACAUGCGUAAGCUCGGAGUAUUCCCGUUAUUUAUGGAUUUACUGGUUAUUUUAUGUUACUUAGGAGUUGGAAUUCCAUCAGUUGCUGGUAAGUAUCCAUUAGAAAAACGUCAAACUAAAGUCAUUUACAGAAAUCCAGGUGAGUAUUUUGCACUAAAUAAAGAAACAGGUGCAUACUUGAAUAUUGAGAACAAACCAGAGAGCAAAGUGGCAAAUGUCGGAGAAGACACAAACUUUGUAUGUAUGCCAAAUUCAUUAGAACUAAAGAAGUUUGAAAUUAAGUGGAAGCACAAUGAUGUAAUACUUAAUUUGACAAACACUGAAAAAUACAAAACAAAUGAACUAAAAACAAACAUAACAAUAAAAUCUGUUACUUUUCAAGAUGCAGGUGUUUAUACCUGUAUGGUAAUACUGGACAUGGACAUGAAAAUGUCAAAAGCAAAUCUAACAGUAAAAGGUGUUCCUGACCCACCUGUGGAUGUAAAAUUUGUGACCUGUCCCAGUGGCAGAGCUGAAAUUUCUUGGAGUCCUGGCAAUGAUAAUGGCUUUCGCAUUUCAGCAUAUUUCAUUCAAUAUAAUUCUUCCCAUAAUCCUUCACUUUGGCGUACCUAUGAAGAACCAAUCAAACCAGCUUUGAAUAAUUAUUAUAUGGAUUUGCGUCCAUGGGGAAAAUAUUCUAUACGCAUGCUAGCUGAGAAUAAACUUGGUCUUUCAAAACCUAGUUUACCUACAAAGAAAACAUGCUCAGCACCAUCAAAACAUCCCGAUAGAAAUCCUAAAGAAGUUUGGACAAGAACAGACCAAACAGGAAAACUAAUUAUUCAGUGGACAACAAUGAUUCGUUUUUAUCACCAUGGUCCAAAUUUUAAAUACCGAGUCAGUUGGCAAAGACGCGGAAGUACAUUUUGGAACUCCCAAGACGUUGAAGAUUCGGAAAGAGGAGAGCUUCAAGUAGAUGUUGAUGAAGUCUACACCCCUUAUAACAUCAAAGUAAGGGCAGUUAAUGCCAUGGGAGAUUCCCCGCAACCUCCUUUUGUAUUUGUCGGCUAUUCAGGAGAAGGACGGCCACUAAAUCGACCAAAGGAUUUCCGUGUCGAUCCCCAUUUUGAGAUGCAACCCCACGAAGUACAUUUUAUCUGGGAAGCAGUAAAUAUGUCUGAACGACAAGUACAAGGAGAAUUCAAAGGAUAUAAAUUACAAUAUUGGAAAGCAAGUGAAGGACGAAGUGAAAUGAAAGAAGUUGAUAUCUAUGUGAGCCGAAAUAGCAAUGAACGUGGUGACCAUCGACAUCAUCGGUCACAUCACCGAGGACAAGACAUACGAGCAACAGUCACUAACCUUCCAGCAUACACAGCAAUGAGAGCCCAAGUGUGUGUCAUGAAUACACACUUUGUGGGACAUCCAAGCAACAUUGCAAAUUUUCACACACCAGAAGGAAAACCAGGCCCUGUGCAAAAUCUAAGAAUAGAAUCUUAUGGAGUUACAUUUGCUCUUUUGAAAUGGCAACAACCAAAUGAACCAAAUGGAAAAUUACUUGGUUAUGACAUUGGCUACCAAUCAGUUGACUCCAAUAAAGCAGAUGGCAAAAUUGAACUCUUGAAGCCACAAAUUGACAACCCUACCACACUUGGGGCAAGAAUUACAGGCUUGAAAAGAGAUCAUAAUUACAGGUUCUAUGUGUGGGCUCGAACAAAAGCUGGUAAAGGUGCCAACAGUGUUGUAAACGUUAAAACGAUGUAUACCUACCAACCUAUCAAACCAAAGGUAUAUAUUGCCGGUGUUGGCUCCAGAACAGUGAAUAUCUCUUGGAUGGCACCGACAAAUGAUCAUAUUGGUUACUCCAUUGAAUAUCGAAAACUAGGUGAUGAAUCGUGGCAAGCUACACGAUAUCUGUGGAGGAAAAAGUGGAGUCUCUUAGGUUAUCUGGAACCAGGGACAAGAUAUCAAAUCCGUGUGGCUGCUCAGAAUAACGUCGGUGAUAAAGCAUCCAGCAGAGUUUUAGAAGUUCAAACUGCUUUCCAAGUUAAUGGAACUCAGUAUCAAACCUCAAAUGGUAUGCCAAGAUCGAAUCCCAGCUCCGCCAUCAGGACAGGCCUGAAGUCAUACAUUCUUAUAAUCCUGACUCAGUUAUUCACCAUUUUUGCAAUGGUGUUUCAAGUCUUCCAAUAAAAGAAAAUGAAAAAAGGGAAAAGCUCAUAACAAUGCUACAUCUCAGUGAUCAGUGAACAAGGUACGAAAAAACGGCGACAAUUUUUUUCUUUUACAGAAAUGGACGACGACAUAAAUUAUUUCGUACCACUAUUCUUUUGACAUUCAUUACUAAUAAUGAACAUGAAAAAAAAAAUUACCCAGAAAAAUUCAUUUUAAUCAAAUGGAAAUCUACACUUUUUUUUUCUCUUUAUCCUUGUCCAGUAACAGAUGCAAUGAAUAUAAAAAUUAUAUAAAUAAACUUCUCAAUAAAUACCAACUCCAAGUAACAAUAUAUGCAGUCAACAACCAACCAAUCAACUAAGUAACAUAUUGAAAACUGAAAGUAAAGUAUCCAAUCAAAUCAAAACUAAGCUAACUGUAUAAAUACAAUAAUGGCUACUGUUGACAAUGUCAAAUUAAAUAUUAUUAUAACCUCUUGUUUCAAUCUGAAAUGCAUAUUUACACUAACAAACAUACACAUACAUACACAUGCAUGCUCACACACAUAUAUGCACACAUUUUUUUAAUGUGUGUAAAUUUUUUUGAAAUUUUUUGUGUUUUUUUUCUCUUCUUUGCCUUCUUUUACUGUCUCACUGCAAAUCAGUUAUGGAAAAUAAAGUGAAGAAAAUUAGUGGGUAAAAGAAAAAUUACCCACCCAGCCACCACCACCACUCCCCUUCUCCCCUACUGGCUGUAGUGACAGAACUUCGUAGGCAUUCUCCCCUUCCCCCAUUCCUUCCUCACCUUUUCAUCUCAAUUCUAUCCCAACCUUUGGUUAUGAACAAUUCAUUUCUGUAUCUAAAAUCUCUCUUAUCUUCCCUCUUUUCCUAACUUACCAUCACUUUCCUUCCUCUAUUUUUCUAACUUUUUGCCUCUCCCUUGAUCUGUAUUAUUUUUCAUCAUUUUUUUCUUUCUUCCUUUCUCAUUCUCUCAUCACCCCUCCCCCUCUCUUUCUCAUAUUUAAUUUUAUUAUUGGCUGUGCAACGAAAGCUUCUGAUUGGUUCAAAAAUAAAUAACAUACAGACACAUCAUCAUCAUCAACAACUACAAUAAUAAUAGCAAGAACACCUCCUGACAUAACCCUCAGCAUGUGGGAUAUUUUCAUCAUUUUUUUUAAACAAGCAUUACAAGCAGUAAAUGAAAGAAAAAUUUCAAAGAUGUGUGUGAUGCAAUCAUAUUUCAGAAAAAAAGAAAAAUCAAAAUGUGAAUGACAAUGGCAGUGUUAGUAUGUAUGAAAUAAGAGCCCCAACACCCUAAAACAUAGGUUGUAAGAAUAGAAUUUCAUUGAAAAAUUCUUUUUAAUCCUAUUCUAUCAAAAAUGCUGAAUGUUUGUUUUGUCUGGUCUAAUUUUUAUGUUCUUCUCAUCACCAGUUAACUCUUUUGAGUAGAAUAAAUGUAAUUAUUCCUUCCCCAACCACCACCACCACAUGAAUCAUAUGUGGCAGACAUUGAUCAAUUGAUCAUUUUGGCUGGGCAUCAGCCACAUCUUUCUCAAUGGUCUGGGAGAGUAUACUUAUUUCAUAGGUGCUGCCUCUAUAUAACAAAAUUUUUAAACUUACAUGAAUACAAUAUUUCAGUGGUGUUCAACAGCAUCACAGCACUCUCUACCACAAUCACUACCAACAGAUACAAUGCUUAACCUGCUAGAAAUAGCAGCUAAAUCUCCCUCACUGUCUUAAAAAGGGAAGGACACACAUUAAAUAAUGUAGUCAUAGAUCCUCCCACUUCCAAAAAAAAAAGACGGGAUG